AUGUUGUGCACAAUGAUGAUGCGCGUCGUGGCUUUUGCGCACCUCGCACUGUUUGGUCUCGCAGGUGCUAUUUCACAGUCGGAAGCAAAUGUCACCAGCUGUGAGAAGGUCGCAGUCAGAUUGAUCAAGCUCAUCUCAGUCGAACCCUGGCAGCUCGUCGAAUCAUUUGUUACAGCACCAUUUUACAUGAGCUGUGCUUUGCAGUGUAACUAUGAAGUUUGGAAGUACCUUGCUUUUCGAAGAGUAACCAAUCUGUGGCCAAAGUACAAGGAACACUGCUUCAGUUUGGAAGAUGUCUGCUUGACUCGACAGCUCUGGAAGCGCAUUGAUUUCCAAAAUUUUCAAUUCGACUCAUUUUUGUCUCAAGGCUUUCAAUGCCAAUGUCAAAUCGACUUGGUGCUGCAAAGAGUGUACAAAGCAGACACAAUUUAUAUUCCCAAACGCUGGGCAACAUCUUUCCGGAAGAAAUUCCCAUACAGUUGUAAUCUAGAGAAUGUUCGGAAGCGUUUCGAGAUUGAUGCAUGGCAAGCUGUCGAUUUGCCCUCGGGUGGCCUUGUCAACUCUAACGUUUCUUGUGCAGCUCAGCCUGGAGAAUGUUCAUGUGACUGGACCGGAAGUAGUAGCUGCGAUGGACGUCCUCCUAUGCAUUCUGUCACUUCUCUGGAUGAUCAAGCUUUGAACGACUACUUGUAA